AUGGACGGCUACGAUGCGAUGGCGCUGCCGUACAUGGGCUCGCCGCUGCCCGCGAUCUCGCACGGCGACUUCAUGGCCCCGAUGGCGCCCAUGGAGAUGCCGCAGCCCUCGCCCUACGACGAGACGUUUCCCAGCGCGGACGAGAUGAGCUACUCGCAGCAGCCGAUGAUGCGGCGGUUCUCCAGCAGCCAGUUCGAGGAGCCGUUCCCUGAGAUCGCAGACAUGAUUCCCGCAACGCCGUUCGACGUCGACAUGCAACAGCAGCAGCAGCAGCAACAUCAGCAUCACCAGGCGCAGGUUCAGCAGCAUCAACAUCAGCAACAUCAACAGCAACAGGUUCCGCAGCAGGUUCCGCAGAGCCAGCAGCAGGCGGAGGAAGACUCGAUAGACCACGGCAACAAGCUGCUGUCGUUCUCGGUGCCGGCAUACAACUUCACACUACUGGACUACUCGCUGCGACGGACCUCGCUGACCCUGACUGCGCAGCUGCACGGCAUGUUCUUCCUGGCCGAGUCGAGCUGGACGACCUCCCCCGGCGGCGACACAGUGAAUCCGGCGGCGGCAGUAGCGGCAGCGGCAGCAUCAGCACGGAAUCUGUUCCAGAUCACAGGCACGGUGACGCUGCCGCGGACGCUGAGAUACAUCAUGACCGAGCAGGGGGACCGGAUACCGAUACUGGCGCAGGAGCUGACGGUGUCUGCGACGGAGUCAGUGGAAGGGAACCCGGUCAAGAUCAUCUCGGUGCCGUGGAAGACGCCCGCGGGAGGCAGCAGCAGCAACAACAACAAUGGCAGCAAUACUAAUAUCGGCGGUGCCAGUAAUAUGCCCGGGACGACGGCAGCAGACGACAAGGCGGAGAGAGAGCCGGCGCCGGUGAUUCUGGAUACGAUGGCCGGGCAGGACGCAGACGCAGACUAUGCUACCUUUUCGAUUGCGUGGAAGAGGCUGCAGUUCCGGAUAGCGACCGCGAACAACGGGCGGCGGCGGGAGCUGCAGCAGCAUUUCGUGCUGAAGCUGAAGAUCGUGGCGACGCUGUCGACGGGGGCGAAGAUAUCGAUAUGCGAGAGCCAGUCGGGCCCGAUCAUCGUGCGAGGCCGCAGUCCGCGCAACUUCCAGUCGAGAAAGGAUGUGCCCCUGAGCGGCAGCGCGGCGGCCUCACGCAAGAACACGCAGGCUGCUGCUCUCGCACGGGCUGCCUCUGGUGCUGCCGCUGCCGGUCCCAGUUCCAGUGCUAAGAGGAACUCGCCGGUCAAGACGGAGGAGCGGCCUGUGAUGUCGCUGUCUGCCAUGCCUGGGGCCGCUGGGGCCGCUGAGGACGAGUCCCGGUCGAGCAAGCGACGCCGUCUGAGCUCCGUGAUUCCGCCUAUAACGCUGACCUUCAACGACGAAGACGCCAGCUCGCCUCACUCGCUCCCCAUCCCCGAGCCAGACGCCGAUCAGGGCGAGCAGAGAGAUUAUCAACGAGAUUAUCAACGAGACUACCAACGAGACUACCAACGAGACUACCAGAGAGACUACCAGCAGGAGCAGGUCCAGCACCGGCGGCAGAGAUCUACUUCACACUACGACUACCAGCUACAGCAUUCACAUUCACAUCGACAGCACCAACGACAGCAUUCCCAGCACUCGCACUCCCAGCUGCCGGCCAUCAUCGACGGGGACGAGGACCGCGCCGACGUGCUGUACGAGUACUUCCCGCUGGCGCUGGAGGAGUGGCAGGCGCCCGUCGACGCCGUCUACCGGCCGCACGUCGUGCACCACACAGCGCUGGCCGACGACGCAAAGGCGCUGGCCGCCCGUCGCAGCAAGGUCUACUUUGAAUCAUAA